GUUGGAGCGAUUGUUUCACAUGGUUAGUUGAAAGCUAGAGUUAACCGUACAAGCCCGAGAUGAUGAAGACUGUCUUGGAAAUGUUUGAUGUUGACAUGAAGAUUGGUGACACUGUCAAAUUUAAAGUCUUUACUGACCCAGAGGCAGACAGGUUUGCAAUCAGCCUGGGAAAAGAUGACUCUACAUUGGCAUUACACUUUAACCCAAGGUUUGAUGAUGAUCAGGAUGGUAAAGUGAUUGUCUGCAACAGUAAAGAAGAUGGUGUGUGGUGCACUGAGCAGAGAGAUGAAACCUUUGUAUUUGAGAAGGGAGAGUGCUUUAAGUUUUCCAUUAUGUUCCUUGGAGUGAAGUUUGAGAUUAAGUUGCCUGACUAUGUUCUGGAGUUCCCUAAUCGCUCAUCUAUGGACACCAUGACAUACCUCCAAGUGCAAGGGGAUGUUCGAGUGAAGUCCCUGAAGUUUGACUAUUGAUAUUUGCCUUGCAGAACUAAGACAUGGUUAUGGGGGAGGUGACUUUCUCAAAGGGGUAACUGCAUUGUCUGAACUAUCAACACUUUUUUUUCCAAGUGUGAACCACCCAUUCUGUUUGGAAGACCAACUCUCAAUGUUGAGCCCCUAUAUCUCUUGCAUAUUCAGUCUGCUUCCUAGUGACCAGUCCAUGCCUUUAAAGAUUACUGACUUGAUUCUCUUGGACUGGAGACCUUUACCUGAGAAAGUUUGGUCAAUUCUCAAAUGAAUUAGUCAGUGACCAUUCUGCUCAAGUAUGUGGCCAAGUUUUUGCAGACUGAUGCACAUUAGCACUUUUUAAAAAUACAUUAUCUUUGAUCAAGGUUACCUUAAUCCAACAAUGGAAAGAUUUAGCCACAGAAUGUAUCCCAUCUCACCCACCAAACCCCCCCUCCCCACUUUUUUGGAGUGAGGCAGGGGGGUUUUUGAUCCGAGCAAUGUCUGUGCCAGUUUCUUGCUGUCAAACUGCUUAUUUUCUUACUGAGGGCAGACUGACCUUGGUGCUUUAGAUCCACAUUCAUGAACAAAUAUGAAUAAGUUUAAUGUGUUAUUGUACCAUGAGGAUUAGUUCAUUGAGCUAUUUCACUGUUCAAGUGGUAAUUUUUAUUAAACUUUUGUAAACUGUUGAAACCUGGCUGUGGGGAUAGGCCACUAAAGGAACUGACUCCAGAUUGAGAAUUCAGAUGUUUGAUCUUGUGAAUAAAGUUGCUCAGAAGUUGAGAUUGUAUGUGAUUAUCACUUUCUU